CUGGUCUGGCCUAUUGAAUGUGCAUCAAAAUUUAUGUGGCCUUUUUUAGUCGUUUGCGUUGAGUCAGCGGAAGCGAACGUCGUCGUCGGAGUAAGAGCAACAUCGCAGCAGUCACACCGUGCUGUGUUGCUAGUUUCGGUUGAAUAUCGCAAAUACAAAGAGACAGGUUGGCAGGCGGAUUAAAGUUGCAGCCUAUUUCGUAACAGUUAAAAGUGUGUGUGCAUAAUUUAAGGCAUUGCGAAACAAGUGUUUACGAAAAAGAAAAUCAAACAAAGCAGCAACAUUUGUGCCUCGAAAUAUACGAAAAUUAAUUGAUUUACGCCUGUGACCUUUGGAAGUGAACGGGACACCUGUUGCCGAGGACACAAGGAGCUGGCUCUUCGCCUGAAAAGUAUUAUUUAUAAGAAAUGCAUUGAAUAUUCAAAAAACACACCAUUUAUAGAGGAUUACUCCAUUAUUGAUGACCAUGCAGGAUAUACGCCUACGCCUGGAACCGCAGCACAACACAGCCACGUUUAUAUCCGCCUCGUCGUCCUCCUCGCAAACAGCUGAGACCACGCUGAUUGAGACAGCUGAGAAGUCGCCAUCCAGUGAAGCAGCUGCUGGAACAGUGACAACGACAUCGCCGCAGCAUUAUUUCCAUCAUCAUCAUCCGCCAUCCGCGCAUCCGCAUCCGCAGCCUCAGCCCCGCCAGCAGCAACAUCCGCAUAGCCACUUGCAUCCGCAUCCGCACCUCCAGAGACGUCCGGUGGAGCAGCUGCAGCUGCUGCAUAGCCACCACGAUGUCCAGGAGCUGGCCGGGCAGGAGCAUCCACAUCCGCAUCCGCACUCCAGCUCCCAUCCGCAUCCGCACCAUCUGCGCUCGCCCAGCUCCGAGGAGGAUAAUUCGCCCACUGAAAUGAAUAAUUGCCGUCGUUUGGUUGAUAAACCGCCGCUGGUGAAGCGCCUGACCAUGGGUAUCGGCCUGCUGCGGGGCAACGAGGACAGUCGCCCGCUGGUGCACAGCACAUGCGGAUCCUCCCUGACCUCCGGAUCCGGGUGCGGGUCCACUCAGACCAUCUCCGACGGCUAUGUGAACGAGGCCAUCUGCGAGCCGGACAAGUACGUGGCCAGCAAGUUCGGCGACUCCUGCCGCCAGUCGCUCUCCGCGUUGGAGAGUGCCACGCAGCGACUGCAGGUGGAACUGCCCGCCAGCAACAAGAAGUAUCUAAGGGAGACCUGCAGUGCCAACUCCAGUCCAAAACUGUUUCCUCCCCAUGGUCCUUUGCGCCUGGAUAAUCUCAGCCUGUCUGAGCAGCAGGAGUUGAAGGGGGCUGCCUGGUUUCAGGCGGGGAUUCCUAGGGAAAUAUCCCUGGAGGUAUUAUCCCGGCAGAGUCCGGGUGCAUUUCUGGUGCGCCAGAGCAGCACAAAGCCGGGCUGCUUUGCCCUCUCCCUUCGAGUGCCGCCUCCAUCGCCUCGGGUGGCCCACUACCUGAUCCUGCGGAACCAAAGGGGUUACAAAAUAAAGGGUUUCACCAAGGAGUUCAGCUCGCUGAAGGCGCUGAUCACGCAUCACUCGGUGAUGCCGGAGCUUCUGCCCGUGCCGCUGACCUUGCCACGCCCCCCGAACACCCGAUCGCAGCGGCAGGCCGCUUAUGGGGGCGGCAGCGGGAACGGGGGAGCGGACUUCGAGAUGUACGGCUCGCUCAACGACUUUCGUAAAAUGAUGGCCGAUUUGAAUGUGUGACCGCUGGGCGCACUUAAUUAAUUAAGUAAUUAUGUCACGUUGAUUGAAUUAAGCUGCCCGGCUUGUCACAUUGUCCGGGUCGAGACAGGAUAACAAUCUGUUUAAUUUGCGUAAUUGGCUGUGCUGACGACGGUUGACGUGGCUACCG